CUUCUCUCUAUAUAUAAAUCGACCGACUGUUAUCAUCCACAUCUAUUCAAUCAGGCGGACCUUCGCAAAAGGUCCCUUUAAAGAAUCUUUUGGAAUCUGUUUUUCUGUUAAUCUCAAGUUUACUCCAGUGAUUCAGAUCAUUUGAUUGCAAUCAUGGCUGGGGCUCUGGUUCAGUCUACCAGUUUUCCUUCAACGGUUGCUGGUGAAAGCAAGGUUCGUCCAAAGAGAUCUGGUAAUACGAAAGGAGAAGUCAAAAUGAUGUAUAGUUUACAAACUCCUCCAAUGAGGGUGAUGACUUUCUCUGGUUUGCGAGGAACCAAUGCUUUAGACAACCUGGUAAAGAGGGGUCAAGAUUUCCAUUCAAAGGUUGCAGCUGCCACCUCUGUACGACGAGCAAAACCUUCUCGAAUUGUGCCAAAAGCCAUGUUUGAGCGCUUCACGGAGAAAGCUAUCAAAGUUAUCAUGCUUGCACAAGAGGAAGCAAGACGGCUUGGUCACAACUUUGUGGGUACUGAGCAGAUCUUAUUAGGUCUUAUUGGUGAGGGCACUGGCAUUGCAGCAAAAGUUCUGAAGUCAAUGGGGAUUAAUUUGAAAGAUGCACGCGUGGAAGUAGAGAAGAUUAUUGGUAGGGGAAGUGGAUUUGUUGCUGUAGAGAUUCCAUUCACACCUCGUGCAAAGCGUGUUUUGGAACUGUCAUUAGAGGAGGCACGGCAACUUGGUCAUAACUAUAUCGGAUCCGAGCACUUGCUCCUUGGUUUGCUUCGGGAGGGUGAAGGCGUAGCAGCUCGUGUUCUUGAGAAUUUAGGUGCAGACCCAAAUAACAUUCGCACUCAGGUUAUCAGAAUGGUUGGUGAGAGUGCAGAAGCUGUGGGUGCUGGAGUCGGUGGUGGGAGCUCUGGCAACAAGAUGCCAACACUUGAGGAAUAUGGCACCAACUUGACAAAGCUAGCAGAGGAGGGUAAGCUGGAUCCUGUUGUGGGAAGGCAGCCACAAAUCGAAAGAGUUACUCAAAUUCUGGGCCGGCGUACAAAAAACAACCCUUGUCUUAUUGGUGAACCUGGCGUUGGGAAGACGGCUAUUGCAGAAGGCCUUGCCCAGAGAAUUGCGACCGGUGAUGUUCCAGAAACGAUAGAGGGGAAGAAGGUGAUAACUCUAGAUAUGGGUCUUCUUGUGGCUGGCACAAAGUAUCGUGGAGAGUUUGAGGAGAGACUAAAGAAACUGAUGGAGGAAAUUAAACAAAGUGAUGAGAUUAUUCUGUUCAUUGAUGAGGUCCACACGCUAAUUGGAGCCGGAGCAGCAGAGGGGGCUAUUGAUGCCGCCAAUAUCUUGAAGCCAGCUCUUGCUAGAGGUGAAUUGCAGUGUAUUGGUGCAACAACACUUGACGAGUACCGGAAACAUAUUGAGAAAGACCCAGCGUUGGAGAGACGAUUCCAGCCUGUAAAAGUACCCGAGCCAACAGUUGAUGAGACGAUACAGAUUUUGAAGGGGCUCCGUGAGCGUUAUGAAAUUCACCAUAAGCUCCGUUACACUGAUGAAGCAUUAGUUGCUGCAGCUCAGUUGUCAUACCAAUACAUAAGCGACCGUUUCCUUCCCGACAAAGCAAUUGAUUUGGUCGAUGAAGCUGGUUCACGUGUUCGGCUUCGCCAUGCACAACUUCCGGAGGAAGCCCGAGAGCUUGAAAAAGAGCUUCGACAAAUAACCAAAGAGAAAAAUGAAGCAGUUCGUGGCCAAGAUUUCGAGAAGGCUGGAGAGUUGCGGGAUAGAGAAAUGGAUCUUAAGACUCAGAUAUCGGCACUCGUGGAUAAAAACAAAGAGAUGAGCAAGGCAGAGACCGAGGCCGGGGAGGAAGGUCCUACCGUAACCGAGGUAGACAUUCAGCAUAUCGUUUCUUCCUGGACUGGCAUACCGGUCGAGAAAGUCUCCACCGAUGAAUCCGAUCGCCUACUCAAAAUGGAAGAGACUCUCCACACGAGAGUUGUUGGUCAGGAUGAAGCCGUCAAAGCCAUAAGCCGAGCCAUCCGCCGUGCUCGUGUUGGACUAAAGAACCCCAACCGUCCAAUUGCCAGCUUUAUUUUCUCGGGACCCACCGGUGUUGGAAAGUCUGAGCUUGCCAAAGCGUUAGCUGCAUACUACUUCGGAUCGGAAGAAGCCAUGAUCCGGCUCGAUAUGAGUGAGUUCAUGGAGAGACACACUGUCUCAAAACUCAUCGGUUCACCUCCUGGAUACGUUGGCUACACCGAAGGCGGUCAAUUAACCGAGGCGGUUCGUCGCCGUCCAUACACUGUUGUCCUCUUUGAUGAAAUAGAGAAGGCACACCCCGAUGUCUUCAACAUGAUGCUUCAGAUUCUUGAAGACGGAAGAUUGACCGACAGCAAAGGAAGAACCGUUGAUUUCAAGAACACGCUUCUUAUCAUGACAUCAAACGUCGGAAGUAGUGUAAUCGAGAAGGGUGGCCGAAGGAUUGGGUUCGACCUCGACUAUGACGAGAAGGACAGCAGCUACAACCGAAUCAAGAGCCUGGUCACCGAGGAACUGAAACAAUAUUUCCGCCCGGAAUUCUUGAACAGACUCGACGAGAUGAUCGUAUUCCGACAGUUGACCAAACUUGAGGUCAAAGAAAUCGCUGACAUAAUGUUGAAGGAAGUCUUUGAGAGGCUAAAGGUUAAAGAAAUCGAGCUUCAAGUAACCGAGCGAUUCAGGGAUCGGGUCGUGGAGGAAGGAUACAACCCGAGCUACGGUGCAAGGCCGCUGAGACGUGCAAUCAUGAGGCUACUGGAAGACAGCAUGGCGGAGAAGAUGCUAGCACGGGAAAUCAAGGAUGGCGAUUCGGUAAUUGUUGACGUUGAUUCCGACGGAAAUGUGACGGUGCUCAACGGUAGCAACGGAGCUCCGCCGGAGGCGUUGCCGGAACCAAUGGAGGUGUAAACUGGAGAUGAAGAUAUGUUGUUGUAGUGUUGUGAUGAUAUGCUUUAAAUUCCGAAUUUUCAUACGAUGAAUUUGCAUAUCCAUUCCGUGGUGAUAGAUAGUGUUUUAGAUGUUGCAGAAUUUCUAUAUUUUUCGUUUAGUAAUAAAAGCACGUGUUAAAAGAAUUUACUUCUUAA